GGUUUGUGGAGAUUUUAGAAAUUUCACUGAUUGAAAUUAUGAGUCAAUUAAAACUGGACCACCAUGGAAAACCUGGAAGCACUGGACGGCCGUUUCGCCCUAGUAUGGGACUCCUCAGCGGUGCGCAUCCACGGUCCCGCACCCCGCGAGAGUCGGACCAAGGACCUAUCAGUCUCGCGCCAGGCGCCUAACCAACUAGACCACUGAGCCGGCAUCCAAUGGUGCUAAUGUCUAACUUCAACCAAUCCAUGAAGUUGCGCCACCUCAUACCAUUGUCUUCAGUGAUCUGAUAUCUCACAACAGACCUAGUUGAACUCCACUGGUAACGGCUUCUCACUAGAACUCCAAGAAAUACCUCGCGGGGUGCGGGAUCGUGGAUGCGCAUUGCUGAGGAGUCCCAUACUAGGACGAAACGGUCGUCCAGUGUUUCCAGGUUUUCCAUGGUGAUCUAGUUUCAAUUGACUCAUGAUUUCAAUCUGUGAAGUUUCUUAUAAAUCAAUUGAAAAAUACUUACAAGAAAUAUGAUUGGAUAAAAAAAUCAACCACUCAGAAUCAAACCAUGUAAAAGGAAAUAAUUCCCUAUAAAUUGUUCAGUUUUAAUACCUUAAACAAUUUAAUGUUAAAAAAUGCAGCAACCACUUUCUAACAAUUUGGUGGAAGUUUUAAUUAAACCAAAUAAUAUGAGAACAGCAAUUGAAAUAAGGCAUAUAGCAUUAUGGUUUAAAGAAAAUAUUCUGGCACUUAAAGAUGUUUCUAUAGAGAUACUCAUGAAACUGGUAGCUGAAUGUAAAGCAGAAUUCAAAUAUCCCCACGACAUAAUAAUUCGAGAAGGUGAUAUUGGUGACUGCAUGUAUAUAUUACUCUCUGGUCGUGUAUCGGUUCAUUAUCGUGGAGAUCAAAGUGCUGUAAAAAAUGAAGAGAUGCAUGAAUUGAUGAACGUUAAAUCCAACAGCUUUAUACCCGUCAAACAAAAUGUUUCAGACAUUAUUAACCAAGAGCUCGGACCUCAAGUUGGUCAACUAGAAGCUGGUUCAGUAUUUGGUGAAGUUGCAUUAAUUGAAGAUUGUUUAAGAACUGCAAGUAUUUUAGCUUUACCAAAUACUAUUGAAGUCAAUCGGCAUGAAUCAUCACUCAAUCAACAACAACAAUCUUCAUCAUCAUCAUUAACGAAACAAUCAGAGAAACAAUCUGUUUGUUUAGUAAAUAUUUCAAGAACAUUAUAUAAUAAUACUGUACGUGUAGCAAUGGAAAAUGAGUUUCAUGAAAGGAUGAAAUUUGUUAAAAAUAUAAUUUAUUUUCAACAUUUAUCUGAUAAAAUACAAAAACAAAUUGCUAUGAGUUUGGAAAAACAAAAAUAUGAAUAUAAUCAAGUGGUUUUAAAACAAGGAAGUUCAUUCAAUGGCUUAUAUUUUGUUUACAGAGGUGAACUUCGAGUAACACUUCAUGUUAAGCAAUCUCAAACAUCUACGACUUACCGAAAUAAUUAUAGAUCUAUAAAAUAUGAUCUACCAUUGAUAACUGGAUCCAAUCCGAAUACACCUGAGAAAACAGGAUCAUUAUGUAUUGGUGAUAUAGAAUUUUUAUUAAAAUAUCCAAAUUAUUUAUUUACUAUUAUAUCCAAUACAUCUUAUACAAUAUUAUAUUAUAUGAAUAUUAAAAAUGCUGAAAGAUAUUUCUAUGGUUUACAUAUAAAAUUUAAUUAUUAUGAAUUAUUAAUGAUACAUUUAACAAUGAAUAAAUUUUCUCAAUUUAUUCAAUUAAGAUUACAGAAUUUUAUUGAUUUUUUACCAAAUCAUUCUAAAAUGAUUUUAGUAAAUUUAUUCAAUAAUUUAAUCAAUAAUCAAUUCAAUCAAAAAAAUUAUGAAAAAAUCAAUAAAAAUAAUAAAAAAUUAAAAAAUAAUUUUAAUUUAAUAAAUUUGAAUCAAACAUUUAUUCAUCCAUAUGUUGAUAAUAAUAAUAAUAAAUUAUUGAAUGAAAAAAAUAAUCAAAAAACAAAACAAAAACAAUUUUUUUGUAAUUUUUCUAAUAAAAUCAAUAAAACAUUAAAUAAUCAUAUAAAUAAUUUAUCAUUAAAUAAUUUAAUAAAAGUUGAUCAAAAUUUAUUAAAUAUUGAUUAUUUACCAUUGAAUUCAAUCAAUCAAUUCAUUGAAAUUCUUCAAUCAAAUUUACCAUAUUCUUAUAAAUUAAAUGCUGGACGUUUAUUACAACAAUUAGAUAAUUAUAAAUUACAAAUUAAAAUUGAUAAUUUUAUUAAAAAUUUAAAUGAAUUAAAAUUAAAUCAAUUGAAUGAAAAUAAUACACAAUUAAAUUAUUAUACAACGAUUUCUGAACAGACACACGAGUUGGAAAAAUCGUCUUUGAUGGCCCAUAAAAGAAGACUUCCACCAUCGUUUGUUGGUAUGUGCAAUUGGUUUCCAAAUAUGUAAAAAGAAAACUAACAAGAAAAGUAAAAUAUAGAUUAUUAUUCUAACUGAAACUGUUUUAUAAUUAAAUUUU